AUGGCAGUUACAACAAAUGAGGUGACCCUCGAGAACGUUAUCAGGAUAAGCCAGAAUGAGAAUCAGUAUGACUUUAUCAUUGUGGGAAGUGGAAUGGGCGGCGGUACGCUGGCUAGAAUGCUAGUCCAGGAGCACGGUAAAUCGGUUCUUCUGAUAGAACGAGGAGGAAUUCGUUUCAAUACCCAUUGCCUUAAUACUGCCCGUCCACACUGGCAUCAUGAAGCGCGUUCCGGCCCCUCGCAAGAUAAUGACAUUGUCUAUAGGGCGGUUAAGGAGCAAAUUCCAGUUGCAGGAGGUAAUUCUCGAGAAUACGCAGGCGGCCCAGUUUACUGUCUUGGGGGCCGCAGCAAUGUCUGA